AUGCUGUCCCGUGCUGUUCGCCCAGCCGUCAGGGCUGGCAGUGUUGCCGUUACCCGCACUGCUCCCCCCAAUGCCGCCAACUUCGCGACCCUGCGUGAAAUCGAAGGCCGUCUCAAGUCGAUCAAGAACAUCGAGAAGAUCACCAACACUAUGAAGGUCAUUGCCUCCACCCGUCUGACUCGCGCUCAGAAGGCCAUGUCCGACUCUCGUGCCUAUGGUCAGACUUCCAACACCGUUUUCGAGCAAGCCGAGACCAAGCCCCUCGAGGACAAGAAGACUCUGCUCGUCGUUGCCAGCUCCGACAAGGGUCUUUGCGGUGGUAUUCACUCCGGUCUCAGCAAGGCUACCCGCCGUAUUCUCCAGCAGCACCCUGAAUCCGACAUUGUGGUUCUGGGUGAGAAGGCCAAGGCUCAGCUUUCCCGUAGCAACCCCAACGCCAUCGUUCUGAGCUUCGCCAACGUCUGCAAGGAUAUCCCCACCUUUGCCGAUGCCCAGGCCGUUGCCGACCAGAUUGCUCUGCUGCCUACCGACUACGCCAGUGUUAAGGUCAUCUACAACAAGUUCCUUAACGCCCAGAGCUACGAGCCCGCCACCGUUGAGGCCUACUCUGAGGAGGCCAUCACCCAGUCCCCCAACUUCUCUGCCUACGAGACUGAUGAGGAGACUCUCUCCAACCUCCGUGAAUACGCUCUGGCCAACUCCCUUUUCUGGGCCAUGGCCGAAGGCCACGCCUGCGAGAUUUCUGCUCGUCGCAAUGCCAUGGAGAACGCCUCCAAGAACGCUGGUGAAAUGAUCAACAAGUUCCAGAUCUUGUACAACCGUCAGCGUCAAGCCGCCAUUACUGGCGAACUGGUCGAGAUUAUUACCGGUGCUGCCGCCAGCGCGGAAUAG